CUAGCUACUUAUUAGAAGAAGAUGUCGGGAUCAACCAUUUUAUGAGCGACUUCUUAGGUGAAAAUGGGUUCAAUGGGGAAGAAAAAAAAAAUGACCUCAUGUGCAUCUUUAAAUAUAAAUGUGAAGAUUUUCACGUAUAUGAAAUUGGGAAAGAUAAAAAUGUUUUGAAUUUGAGCUAUGUUAGAAAGAGGGUGCAAUGUGAGCAUGCGAGUGACCACGCCAGUGGCGAAGAGAGAGACAUCCUCGAAAAGGUAGAUGGCGGUGAUAAGGCUAAACGAAAGCAGAAAAUAACAGUCGAGAAACUAGGAUCGACACAAGAGAGGAGAGACCACGAUGGAUGCUACAGUUCGCCACAACCAGAUGGGGAAAGUAACUCCACAGAGGAGAAAAACGAAUGGAUAAAUUUUAUUCUGUAUAAAGUGAACAAGGACACACAAGAAGCCAUCAGAGAAAUUAGCAAAAGUACGAACAUCCCCAUAAAAGAUUUUUACUACGCAGGUUUUAAAGACAAAAGAAGUGUGUCGACGCAAAUCAUUUCCACUAGAAUGAUGCACAUUCAUAAAAUAAGCAACAUGAUGAGGAGUGGUAUCUCGAAUCAUAAAAAAAUGAAGAAGAUACAAAUUUAUGGCCUUGAAAAGGUGCAGAAAAAAAUCGAGUUAGGCGCACAUAGUGGCAAUCGAUUUGUGGUAGUUCUCAGAAAUGUACAAACACAUGAAGAUUAUUUAAGGCAUAAAUUGGAGCAGAUUAAAAAACAUGGGUUUAUAAAUUAUUUUGGAAUGCAAAGAUUUGGAGUAUAUAAAAAUACCUUUAAUAAAGGGAAGGCCUUAAUACGCAGGGACUACAAAGAAUACAUAGGGCAUGUCUUAGAUCCUCUCAUUUUUGAAAAUAAAAGGUUUUAUGGAAAUGCUACUAAAGAUAAUCUGACGAUUUUCUUGAAAAAUGCUUGCGACAUAUAUCAGAAAAAGAACGCCACCUUUGCUUUUCGUUAUUUGUCUAACAAAGCGAAUAAGCUGCUCAGAGGGAGCGACGCGAUUCCGCGUGACGAUCUGGGCAAGCCGGCUAGCGCGAACAAGCACCUCUUUUCGUAUCUGACCAAUUCGGAGUACGAGGCGUACAUCCUCCUGCGCAAUUUGUACAUGUGCGAGAGGAAUAGCCGCGGAAGGGGAAGCGGUGGUGGUAGCGAUGAUAGCGGUCUCACCGAUCGCCCCGAUCGCAGUGAUGGACGAAGCAAAGCGAAUGAACUCGCUGAAAGGGAGAAGCGGAAACGUUUGGUCGACAGUGCACAGAAUGACCCCAGCAGAAAGCACACUAACGCACCCGAGGAAGAAACCCAUUUUUACAAGAACGAGAAGACAUGCGUUAAGGGUGUGAGCAUGGAGACAAGGAGAUUUCACAUGCACUCAUACAGCGCGAAGAUAUUCAACAUGUUAACCUCGUACCGGUUGGAAAAUUUCGGUGCCUCGCCUGGAAAGGGGGACUACGUCUUUGUGAAGGAGGUGCAGUCGCAAGGGGGGGAAGCAAAAGCACAGCAUAAUUACAUAGCUGUGUUGUAUGGUAGGGGGGAAAGCAGCGGAAGGGAUGGUAGCGGUGGUGAUGGAUCUCUCUACUGCGAUGGGAAAUUGAAAGGUGCAAACAUCUAUAAUGUCGUUUUGCCCGUCCUGGGCAGCAUGCCCCCCAGACUCUCCUACCUAAACGUCUUCAAAAAGCUGUACAGAAAAUACAGAGGAAGCCAAGUAAGACUCGUUUUCUUAGAAAUAUUACUCUACCUGAUGUAUACCCUCCACGAUGAUGAGCUGUUUAGAGUGCAUGACGAUAAGGUAGCAAGUGGGUUCAUAAAACAUUUGAUAAAAAAGGAGGAAAAGAAAAAUGUUAACCAGUCCAUUCGACUAGCUAGCGAUAAUAUAUUAAAUAAUGCCAUUCCGAUUAAACAAGCCUUACAUACAAUAAAAAAGUUUGACACGUACGUCAAUUCGUUUGAAUACGAGUAUGGAAUGACUUGUGUCUUUAGAAACAUAGUCACGCGACCAGCCAAUCUGUAUUUCUGCUUCUGUCAGUAUAAGGAACCGAAGAGGAAAUUCCUCUCCGACUUGUAUGCCACCUCCAAUUUUGAGAAAAAUGAAAAUUCAAAAGGGAAAGCACAUGCCCACCGGUGCAGCGAAAGGGGAGUAUGCAAUAAUGGGGAAAUGAAGAGCGUCCCCACCUCUGCCAGUAAGCGUAGCGAAAUAUCUGUACGUGGUGGUCAAGCUGAACAGACAGAGAGGGAUAAAAAGGGGAGAUGUUCACAUAAUGUGGAUGCAAGUGGGUAUAACAAUACUUCCCCAGAAGAGAAAAAAGAAAAUAUGAGCAGUGAAUAUUUUCAAAGUGAAACAAGCAGUCAUAGAACCAGUAAAGAAAAAAUGACAAAAUGCGAGCGAAAUUUCGGUGCCCUGAUAUUAAGCUUUAGCUUGAACUCCUCCUCCUAUGCCACCAUGUUGGUGCGGGAGUUGUACGGAAAACGCAAUGAGCUGCUGGUUUACAAUUUGAUUAAAAAUUGUGAGAAGUAUGAUAAAGAAGUUGGAAUGUUAGGAGAGAAGAGAUGGGAAAGGACAACAUAA